AUGACACACUCAGAUGUCCUCCUCGCUGUGACUCUGGCCACCCUUCUGACUGCAGGGGCUGGGGCUCCUGUCCACACAGAGGGCCCCCCACAGAAGCUGCUCCUUGUGUCAUUCGAUGGCUUCCGCUGGAACUAUGACCAGGAUGUGGACACCCCCAACCUGGAUGCCAUGGCUCAAGAUGGGGUGAAAGCUCGCUACAUGACCCCUGCCUUUGUCACCCUGACCAGCCCCUGCCACUUCACGCUGGUCACUGGCAAAUACGUGGAGAACCAUGGGGUCGUCCACAACAUGUUCUACAACGUCACCAGCAAGCUAAGGCUGCCCUACUACACCACGCUUGGCAUCCAGAGCUGGUGGGACAACGGCAGUGUGCCCAUCUGGAUUACAGCCCAGAGGCAGGGCUUAAAGACCGGCUCUUUCUUCUACCCUGGUGGAAACGUCACCUACCAAGGGGAGGCGGUGACGCUGAGCCGGAAGGAAGGCCCUGUACACAACUACAAAGACGAGCAGGAGUGGAGGGCGAAUGUGGACACUGUGAUGAGGUGGUUCACUGAGGAGGACCUGGCUCUGGUCACCCUCUACUUCGGGGAGCCGGACUCAACUGGCCACAGGUAUGGCCCCGAGUCCCCGCAGAGGAAGGAGAUGGUGAGGCAAGUGGACCGGACGGUGGGCUACCUUCGUGACAGCAUUGAGCGCCACAACCUCACAGGCAGCCUCAACCUCAUCAUCACAUCUGACCACGGUAUGACAACUGUCAACAAGACAGCCAGUGACUUGGUGGAGUUCCACAAGUUCCCCAACUUCACCUUCCAGGACAUUGAGUUCGAGCUCCUGGACUAUGGGCCAAAUGGGAUGCUAAUUCCCAAGGAGGGGCUGCUGGAGAAGGUGUACGAGGUGCUCAAGGACGCCCACCCCAGGCUGCAUGUCUACAAGAAGGAGGAGUUCCCCGAGUCCUUCCACUACGCCAACAACGCCAGGAUCACUCCCCUGCUCAUGUACAGUGACCUGGGCUAUGUCAUCCAUGGGAGAUGGAGUGUCCAAUUCAACCAAGGUGAGCAUGGCUUUGACCACAGAGCCAUGGACAUGAAGACCAUCUUCCGGGCCGUGGGCCCCAGCUUCAAGGCUGGCCUGGAGGUAGAGCCCUUCGAGAGCAUCCAUGUAUAUGAGCUCCUAUGCCAGCUGCUGGGUAUCACACCUGAGGCCAAUGACGGGCAUCCGGAUACACUGAGGCCCAUGCUCCGAUCAGGCUCUGCUCUCCCGCCUCACAGACAGCCCCUCUCUGCGAUGGCACUGCUGGGAGCCCUGAUUCUUCUGGUCCACGUUGCAUAA